AUGGCCUUCCUAGCCUUCAGUCUCCCAGCCGUGCCGCAGGAGUCCAAAAAGAUCGACACUAUGCUCAAGGCGGCCCCUUUGGGCGUGGCCCCUUUCGGCGUCGCCAUCGAGCGGCUGAGCGAGGACCAGCUCGAGUGGUCGGACGUGGCGAAGGAGCUCUCCGCGGCUCGCUGGGCGAUCUCUCUCAUCCCUGGCCCGCCCGGGACGGAGAUGACCACAUACUGGGCUUCCCGCAGCCUCGCGCCCGAUUUUUGGAAUAGUAGGAGGCUGCUGGCAGAUCCGGUCAUUGACUCAGCCAUCCGCGCCAUGCCGCAGCCCAGGCUCCUGCAGAACGCGGCUGGCCUGGAUCUGGAUACGGACAUGGUCCGGCUCCUCGUCCCGGCCCGCACGGGCGACGACGCAGGUGCUGCCUCCUUCAAGCACCGCGUGGCCGACGCCUUCAAGGUUCGCGAUCUGCUCUCCCAGGAGACUAUGAGUUGCGCGUACCCUUUCGUCCCCUACGCUCCGAGUCACCCUGUGGAGGUGCUCGGAGCGGGCUUGUACGUCAAUCUCGACGACGACUGGAUUCCGGUAGGGAGGUCUUAG